CUUUUAUUCAUGCGCCUGUGUGCCUCGGGUUGUGUACCAGUUGUAAGUACCUCUUCAUGGCCCUCCACCAAAAAGAAGGCGUCUUGUGGUUUCCGUUUGUGUUUUCACUCCUGCAUGUUGUGGUUGUGGUUAUGUCGUUGCCCCUGGUUAAUGCGCUGCAUCAACAGAGUCACAACGAGGGCGUACAACGGGACUUGCCAGACGCCUCUCAUGCACAUCGGGAUGUGUGUCUAGCUUCCAAACGAUGGGGGUAGUAAAUAGCGAAAUAGUG